AUUGAAUUGAAAAUGCUAUGAAAGAAGACUUGAAAUCAACCCAGAGGAAUUAUGUAUAAUUGUUACCAUACUAAAUCAAUUCAUUAUCGAAAUAUUAAAAAAUUCAAUAGAAUCAUUUCUAUUUUUCUAUUUGGCAUCAUAAUUGGUUGGUGGAGUCAUAGUCAAUCUGAAGAGAAAUUUCAUCCAAAUAAUGAUCCAAGAAAAAAUAAUUUUAUAUUUAUUGGUGGACAUGAAAGUAGCGGAACUGGUCUAAUGAGAAUUCUUCUUGAUGUUCAUCCAUUAAUAAGAUGUGGUCCAGAACCAAUAAUUACAACAUCAUUAUUACAAUUAAAACGAAUGUAUGAACGUAAUCCUAAACAACUUUAUGCUGCUGGAAUUUAUCCAAAUGUAUAUAAUCGUGCUAUAGCUGCAUAUUUUAGUGAAAUUAUAAUUAAUAUGGGUCAAUCAGCUAAAUAUUUAUGUCAUAAACAACCAUUUACAUUUUAUUAUUUAAAUUAUUUAAAUGAAAUAUUUAUCAAUGCAAAAUUUAUUCAUAUAGUACGUGAUGGUCGAGCUGUAAUUGCUUCUUCAAUUAAGCGUGCAGUUAAUCCAAUCUAUGUUUCGGAUAAACCAUAUUUGGCAUUUGAAUAUUGGGAAGUUAUAACGAAAAAAAUGUUAGAAGAUUGUAUACAAAUUGGUUCAUCACGUUGUUUAACUAUACGUUAUGAAGAUUUAAUAUUGAACACAUUGGAAGAAACUAAGAAAGUUUUCAGAUUUCUGAAUUUACCUUGGGAUCCGAUAAUUUUAAAACACGAAACUGUUAUUCACAAGAUUUCUAGCCUAAGUCCAUAUGAAGCAAGUUCAAAACAAGUAAUCAAUAAAAUUCACCGAAAUUCUUUAUUAUCAUGGUCAUAUAAUCAAUCAAUUCUACCAAGAGAAUUAAUUGAAAAGGUACAUUUACAAAGUAAAUUAUUACAUCGAUUAGGUUAUUCACAACUUGGUUUUCCACCGAAUUAUUCUUUAUUAAAACCAUUUGAACAAAAUAUAUUAAAAUAAUGAUCUGGGAUACAUAUUGUUUUGUUUGUUUUUUUCAUUCUAUGUUUAUUCGAAUGAUAAAAUAUUGAAA